UUGCCUGUGGCCGUGGCGCUUUGGGUCCCGGGCCCCCACCCUCACCCGCAAUCCCUCCUCCCAGUGCGUGGCGCGUGGGGCAGCGCGGAACACGGGCUCAGCGGGCGGAACCGGGCGUGGUUUAGGAGCGGGGCGGCCACCCUGCGCCACUGUGGAGCUCAGAAGUUGCGCCGGACCGCGGGCUGAGAUAGGCCUCCUUCCGCGCCCACCGACCUGCGCCGGCAUGACAGGCUCGCUGUUCAAGAGCAACUUCUGGAGCACGGAUAUCCUCAGCAACAUUGGCUAUGAUACCAUCAUCCAUCAUUUGAACAAUGGCCGCAAGAACUGCAAAGAGUUCGAGGACUUUUUGAAAGAAAGGGCAUCGAUCGAAGAGAAAUAUGGCAAGGAUCUGCUCAGCCUGUCCAGGAAGAAGCCAUGUGGACAGUCGGAGAUCAACACCCUGAAGAAGGCCCUCGAAGUCUUCAAGCAGCAAGUAGACAAUGUGGCCCAGUGUCACAUUCAGCUUGCACAGACUCUAAGAGAAGAGGCCAGGAAAAUGGAAGAAUUCAGGGAAAAGCAGAAGCUACAACGGAAAAAGACAGAGCUUGUAAUGGAUGCUGCCCAUAAACAAAAGAACUUACAAUUCAAGAAAACCAUGGAUGCAAAGAAGACCUAUGAGCAGAAGUGCCGGGACAAAGAUGAGGCAGAGCAAGCUGUCCACCGGAGUGCCAACCUGGUAAACACGAAGCAACAAGAAAAGCUUUUUGUGAAACUGGCAACUUCAAAGACUGCAGUAGAAGACACAGACAAAGCGUACAUGCAGCAUGUCAACACGCUGGACAAGAUCCGAGAAGACUGGCAGAGCGAGCAUGUGAAGGCCUGCGAGGUGUUUGAAGCUCAAGAAUGUGAACGAAUAAACUUCUUACGGAAUGCACUGUGGUUACAUUUGAAUCAGUUGUCACAACAGUGCGUCACAAGUGAUGAGAUGUAUGAACAAGUCCGUAAGAGUUUAGAAAUGUGCAGCAUUGAGAAGGACAUUGAGUACUUUGUGAAUCAACGCAAAACUGGCCAGAUUCCACCAGCACCGAUUCUGUAUGAGAAUUUCUACUGCCCCAACCGGAAUGCAGCUGCACCAGGAAAGGCUACAGGAACUAAUUUAGCAAGGAGAGGACCUCUCCCAGUUCCUAAAAGUUUACCAGAUGACCCUGAUUAUUCUUUGGUUUCUGACUACAGUUUACUCUAUCAGUAAUACCAGAGAAAAGAAAGCUAUCUCCACCUAGUGCUUCUAUGGGAUGGAUCGAGGCACCCAGAGCAGCAGAAUCUGUAGCCAAAUUUUGUCAAUCAAGAAGGCUGAAGUGAACCCCUGCUCUAAUUUCUUGAUAUUUUAAAUUUAUAGUAGACAUUUAGUUCAACUUAAGCUAGUAGAGUUCUGCAGUUUUUUUGAUGAUGUUUACAAAAUGCUCCAGAUCAAAGGAUUAUUCUUUCCCAGUCAUUUAUUAAGGUUGUGAAGGAAUUGUGUUUCCUGCUUGGGAAAUAUGGCCUCUGUGUAUUCAAAUGUUGGCUCUUGGGGGAGGGGACAGUGUGGCUGGAGAGGAGUCGAUGCAUCAGCUGUAGAAGAAUCUCCUUUGGCUUUGGGCAGCGUGGUGAUGGAAUUUCCACAUUGACACACUCUCUACAUGAUGCGAGAUUAAAAUUACCUUCCUUUUAGGCUGGAAGGCUUGGAAGCCAUUUGAUUGCACUUUCUCAUUUUAUAGGUGAAGAAAUGAGGCCCAGAAGUGUGAAAUCAAUUUUCCUACAGUUGUGCCAGAUAAUUAGAGAUAGAACUGGAUCUAGAGCACAAGCUCAUUUUGUAUUACCAUUCUUCUAACUCACAAGGCUGUGAUGCCUAUGCUAAAAUUUAAAAUAAAUAAUUUUGCCAGCAUUUUUUGAAUUGAGAAAAUUACCAGGGUUUAAAUAUUAGAUUUAUUUUUAUAUGAAUCACUGUAUACUGAACUAUAGAGCAGCAUAUUUAAUCUAAUGUAAGAAACCAUAGAUUGUAAAAUAUGCCAUUAUGUUGUGUACCACUAAGAAGGUUGGGUAGGGAAGUUGUCAGUUAACUUGUGACGAGUAACAUUCAUGGCCAAGCCUACUUGAAUUUGAGAUGGUAAAGUGAUAAAAGGAUUCUAGAAUCAAUGAAAUAUAGUAUUUUGAGUACCCCUCAAGAGAAUUUAAGAGUUCCAAAGGCAAUUUUCAGUCCUGGAUCUUCACUGAGAAUCUUUUGUUUGCUGGACCCUGUAAUCUUUAAAGAGUCAAUCUUAACUCUUUUGCAAAUAUUUGCAUCUUGCUUUGUUACUCAGAAACAGGAGGGAAGUUGUUACCUUUCAUACAACAUUUGCACACUGAGAAAAUUAUAAAUUUUAACGAAUAACAAGGUAAAAUAGCACUGCUACUUAUUUGGUAUGUUGUGCUCAAUGUGACUAUAAAAAGCAAAUAUUUUCCUUUCCUGCUUGGUGCAAUAGCUUUCCCAGGAUUAUGGAUAAAUUGAUUAAAAGAAGAUUUGAUUCUUUUCCUUCUUUUAAUAUGAAGUGCUGCUGAAAGUGGCAGCUUCUCAUAAUGACAAGAAAUUUGCAUCAGUUGGAAAUCCUUUUGAAAAAUUCAAGUUUGCAAAGGGCUACUGACUUCCUCAAACUGAACAGGCUCAGGAAAUUUUCCUAUACACUCAGAAUGGUCUAUUUUAAAAUAUAUUAUUUAUUGUUGGCAAUUCCUCAGGGAUUUCCCUUUUCUAUCAGUGAGUGUAAUUGAUUUAAGAGUGUUUCAUAAAUGGGAAAUAGUAUUUUUACUGCUCUGUCAGUUUGAUAUGAAGUAAAAUAAAGUUUUCUCUUCAAAGCUUUA